AUGGUCAGUCAGGUAGAAGCAUUUAUUCAGGAUAACAGCCAAGCAAUCCGUGAGCUGCGAAAUUUGGAAUUGAUCCGUUUGAAUCGUACCAAUCCGUUAACCAAUGCCAUAAAUGCAGCCCUACGUAUUUACAUUGAGUUGUUGGAGAGUUUCCAAUCAUCGUUCCCAUGCAUCAGUACCACAAACCAGUUGCUUUAUUGGGGUUUUAUUCGGACGCGGAUUGCUGGACUAUACCUGGAGGCAGAAAAGUAUCCAACCCAAUUAGACCGGUCUGACAUGUUCAUGCUCAAUAUAUUCGCCGGCCUAUUUCAAAGCACAUUCAAUCUGUUGGCUGCCUCCCUGUCCGUGCGAAAUGUGCAACAGCCUGGAACGUCCGAUCUGGAUCAAUCUGAUUUGUCCGCAAUGCAUUGGCUCCACAGUGCCAAACGGGUGCAUGAGCUGUAUCUGAAACAGAAUCCCGAACAAAUCGGUCCCACAUUCUGGGAGACUAUACAAUUUCUCAUGUACAAGGAACAUGAAAAACGGUCUGAUCGGCUGCCCGGUAGCCGAGCUUAUCAAUUGGCUAACGAACCGGACCAUGCGGCCGCGUGCUGUCAACUGACGUUAUCUCGUCAGUUGACGUUUGCCCGUCCGUUCCAUAAUCUUUUGCGAGUGUUCGGUCCGUUUGAUCGACGAAAACGCCCAAGACCGAUGUCGGCCAGACGAACCCGGGAUUCAAUCACCGAAAACGCCGGGGUAAGGCGUCGGCAAACGGAUUGUAUAUCAGCUGCUUUUCAUCCUUUCGAUCGAGUCGAGUGGGCGACGAAUGCGGCUUCAUUAGCUCAGUACUAUGAGACAGUCGAGCAGUCGAGCAGCGCCUUCUACGGUGCCCUGGAGUGUUAUAUUUCGGCGUUGGCGUAA